AUGGCAGAUGAAAAGCUUCAUAAGACGUCUGAUGAGGUAGCCCUCGGCUCGGGCCGCCUAGAUGAUGAUUUGUUAUCCAUUGCCAGACAGCUCACCGGAGCUUCUCAGUCCGUCAGUGCCGAAUUGAAAGCCUAUGAUCCGCAACCUGGCAGCCAACUCGACCCCAAAUCACCGACCUUUGAUGCCCGCUCCUGGGUUAGAGCACUCAUAAAUCUGACCGAGUCUGAUCCUGAGAUGACUCCUCCACGGUUUCUCGGCGUCGCCUUUCGAAAUAUGAGUGCUUUUGGUUGGACGAGCGGUACCGAGAGCCAGCCAACAGUGACUAACAUGGUACUGCGCGCAUUGGCAGCUGUGGGAAAUAUGCUUGGAUUACAUCAGAGGCGCAGGAGGGUUGAUAUCCUGCGAGAUUUCGAGGGCAUUGUCGAACAGGGAGAGCUUCUCCUGGUGCUUGGCCCUCCUGGAUCUGGAUGCAUUGAUCCCGUCCACAUAAAAAAGAGCCUCCGCGCCGACGUCCUGUACAACGCCGAAGUCGACGCACAUCUAGCCCAUCUCACAGUCGGAGAAACCCUCACCUUCGCUGCACGAUGUCGUUCCGCCCGCCACGUCCCGCAGGGCGUCACAAGAGAGCAAGUCGACAACACGCUACGCGACGUGAUGAUGGCAACCUUUGGCAUUGGUCACACCUUUAACACUCGUGUCGGUGAUGAGUUUGUACGGGGUGUCAGUGGCGGCGAGAGGAAGCGUGUCAGUAUAGCCGAAGCGGCUCUCACAGGAGCCAAGUUUCAGUGCUGGGACAAUAGCACUCGAGGUCUGGAUAGUGCCAACGCUAUCAACUUCUGCGAAAACUUGCGUUUGCAAGCUGAUAUGAUGGGUAUUGCCGCUGCCGUCGCACUGUACCAAGCUCCCCAGUCCGCUUAUGAGCAAUUUGACCGCGUCAUCGUACUGUACGAAGGGCGGCAGAUCUUUUUCGGUAAGAUCUCAGAAGCUAAGGAAUACUUUGAAAACCUAGGGUUCGAAUGUCCCAAUCGCCAAACGACGCCGGACUUCCUGACCUCCAUGACAAGCCCAGGAGAGAGGUACCCAAAGCCUGGGUUUGAAAAUCGAGUCCCUCGAAGCCCCGACGAGUUUGCUGCCCGAUGGCGCGAGAGUGAGCACCGACAGCGGCUGGCAGACGAGCUCAACGCAUACGAGAAGAAGCACCCGUCUGAGGAACGGCUGGAAGAGUUCAACAACUCCAGGCGGGCGCAGCAGGCAAAGAGCCAGCGACUUCGGUCCCCUUACACCAUCUCGUAUUAUCAGCAGGUGCGGCUGACGCUGUGGAGAGGGUACGUACGUUUGAAAGCGGACCCGACAUUCACAGUCGCCAAUCUGCUUUUCAACACGAUUGUCGCCUUGCUCCUUGGUAGCAUGAAUUAUGGCAUGAAGGAUGAUACUUCGUCGCUGUACUACAGAGGAUCGGUCGUCUUCUUUGCCAUCUUGUUCAAUGCCUUCGCCAGCCAAUUGGAGGUUCUGACCGUCUAUGUCGAGCGACCCGUGGUUGAGAAGCAUAACAAGUAUGCCUUCUACCACCAGUCGACCCAGGCGAUUGCGAGCUAUCUGACCGACCUUCCGUACAAAGCUGUCAACAUGUUCAUCUUUAAUGCGACCAUUUACUUCCUCGCCCAUCUGCGCCCCGGUGCCGGUCACUUCUUCUUCUUCUGCUUGACGACAUUUUUGCUCACCCUUGUUAUGUCCUCUCUGUAUCGGUGGUUGGCAAAUAUCACAAGGACCGCAUACCAGGCAAUGGUACCCAGCGCAAUCUUGAGUUUCGCAUUCAUGAUCUACACAGGGUAUACGAUUCCUACUAACUAUAUCCCUACGUGGUCCCGAUGGAUUAAUUACAUCAACCCGUUUGCAUAUGCCUUUGAGUCUCUUAUGGUGAAUGAAUUUCACAACAGGCAAUUUCCCUGUGCCCAGAUCAUCCCACAAGGACCCGGAUACGAUGGCAUUCCUCUCGAAUCCCAGGUUUGUUCAUCCGUGGGUGCUCUCCCAGGCUCAACAACCGUGGAUGGAGACAGGUACAUUGGGCUGACCUACGAGUACUACAAUACACACAAGUGGAGAAACAUCGGAAUCCUAUGCGCCUUCUGGUGCUUCUUCUCCGUCAUCUACAUCCUGGCCGCCGAGUUUGCUAAGCCCCCGAAGAGCAAAGGCGAGGUCCUAGUCUUCCCUUCGGGUAAAAUGCCUAACCAACUAGGCAAGAAAGGAGCUAAAGACAUUGAGCUGCAACCUCCCCUCCGUGAUCUCAGCGUCGAAAAACAACAGGAUGGCUCCUCGAAUGUGGGUGUCGGUUUGGCAACUGAUACAGCCGUAUUCCACUGGGAAGAUCUCUGCUAUGAUAUUCAGGUUAAGAAGGAAAAUCGCCGUAUCCUGGAUCAUGUCGACGGCUGGGUCAAGCCAGGAACUGCAACUGCACUGAUGGGUGUUUCGGGGGCUGGCAAGACUACACUACUAGAUACCCUCGCGAAUCGAGUCACAAUGGGUGUAGUAACCGGCGAUACAUUAAUUAAUGGCGACCCAACAGAUAAUUCCUUCCAACAUCGUGUUGGUUAUGUCCAGCAACAGGAUUUACACCUGAAUACCUCCACAGUCAGAGAAGCUCUCGAGUUCAGCGCCCUCCUGCGCCAGUCCGUCGAAAUAUCCAAGAAGGACAAAUUAUCAUACGUGAACCAGGUAAUUGAGAUGCUUGAGAUGGAAAGCUUCGCAGAUGCUGUUGUGGGUGUCCCUGGGGAAGGCCUCAACGUUGAACAAAGAAAGCGUCUCACUAUCGGUGUCGAAUUGGCAGCCCGACCUCAACUUCUACUCUUCCUUGACGAGCCAACGUCCGGCUUAGACUCACAGACCUCAUGGGCUAUCUGUCAGUUGAUCAAGAAGCUCACCCGGAAUGGCCAAGCGGUACUCUGUACAAUCCAUCAGCCUUCGGCCAUCCUGUUCGAUCAGUUCGAUAGGUUGCUAUUGCUCGCACCAGGUGGCAAGACGGUGUAUUUUGGAGAACUUGGAAAUAAAUCAAGGAAUUUGAUUGAUUAUUUUGAACGAAAUGGCGCUCAGAAAUGCCCCGUCGAAGGCAAUCAAGCAGAGUGGAUGCUUGAUGUCAUUAAGCCCCCCAUGGAUGGAAGCGACGGGAUCGACUGGCACAAUACGUGGCGGACUUCCCCUGAGUACCAGAAUGUCAAAGCUGAGCUGGCACGACUGCGAAGCCUCGCGAGCGCCAACGAGGAAACAGCCCUUCAAAGAACCGGCGAAGCGUCCCAGCAUCGGGAAUUUGUGGCCUCGUUCUGGACCCAGAUGCUACUCGUUAUUGACCGCACAUGGAAGCACUUUUGGCGCUCGCCUGUGUACAUAUGGUCCAAGACCAUCCUUGUCGUCGUUUCGUCGAUCUUUAUUGGAUUCAGUUUCGUCGCGGAGAAUACCAUUCAGGGCUUACAUAACCAACUCUACGCCAUCUUUAUGUUUCUUAUUAUGUUCCAGAACAUCAACGAGCAGAUCAUGCCCAUGUUCGAACCGCAGCGGGCCUUAUUCGAAGUCCGCGAACGGCCUUCAAAGAUUUACAAAUGGACAGUUUUCCUCCUCACAAAUAUCUUAGUAGAAGCUUGCUGGAAUACAUUCAUGGCUGUCGCGGCUUACUUCUGCUGGUACUACCCCGUGGGAUUCUACAUCAACACCACAGCCGAGAACUCCGCUCUGCGCGGAUUCCGGGUCUUUUUGUUUCUCUGGAUGUUCAUGUUGUUUACAAGUACGUUCUCGCACUUUGCGAUCACUUGGAUGCCCACGGCCGAAGUGGCAGGCGUCCUCGCUGCGCUACUGUGGAUCUUCUCGUUGGUUUUCUGCGGCGUCGCAAUCCCACCCGUGGACUUCCCCAACUUCUGGAGGUGGAUGUUCCCUGUUUCCCCUGCCACCUAUCUUGUCGGAGGCGUCAUGUCCGCAGCCCUCGCCGGCGCAAACGUCACAUGCUCCGCGGCCGAAAUACUUCAUCUGAUCCCGCCAGACAACUCGACUUGCGGCGCAUUCUUGUCAGGUUUUGCUGAUGCCGCCGGUGGGCUCCUGCUGAAUCCGGAAUCGACGGAGGAGUGCAGUUACUGCCCCCUCAGGACAACCGACCAGUUUCUGUCCCGGUUCGAGAUCUAUAUUAAGGAUAAUUGGAGGAACUUUGGUUUGAUGUGGGUGUAUAUUCUCUUCAAUGUUGGAUGUGCAAUGGGGCUGUACUGGCUUUGCAGGAUGCCGAAGGGGAAAGGGGUUAAACGUGCGAACAAGAAGGAAUCUGUUGGCAGUUAA